AUGUCUAAUAUAUUGUAAAAAAUGGUUACUAAAGAAGUUAAAAGAAGAUAAGUUGAAACACGUUUAUUAAACAAAUCAUAACAAACUUUGAGAUAACUUAUACCUGAUUUAAAAUCUCCUCUUAAAACACCUCAAGUAUCAACAGCUCUUGAAUAAUUCAAGAAUAAAUUUACAGAAGGCAAAUAUAUUUUACAAAUUGAAUAACAACGAAAAAGUUAAUUAGAUGAAGUAUUUCUUAGAGUACAAUUACCAAUUAAAAGAGAUUUAUUAGAGGUAUUAUUGUAAUAAUUUGAAACAGAAUUAUGGAGAGUUUGUAAUGAAUAGAAUUUACACUAUUUAAGCGAUCGUUAUUUGAGUUAUCAAUUAUCUAAUAAUAAAUUUCUUAAACAUCUUGUGUAAUUUGUUGAUGAAUAAAAGGAUAAAGCAGAAAUUGCUUUAGCAUAAUUAGCAGGGAAAGAAUCAACCAUUCUUGAAUUAUAAAAUAAAUAUACACAAUUGUAAACGAUGUUUCAACAAUUAUCACAUCAUAAAGAUGAUGGUUAAACCAAACUUUCUAAAAACGAAAGUGUUAAAAGAUAAAAAGAAUUGUAUAUGGAAAAUGUUAGAUUAAAAAAUGAAAUUGAAAGAAUUCAAGAUAAAUUAAAAUAAAUUGAAAAUUAAACUAAUGUUUAGAAAUUACAAGAAUAAUAUUAAGAAUUAGCACGAAAAUCAAGUGAAAAAAUUAAUGAAUUACUUAAUGAAAAUUAAAUUAAAGAAAAACAAAUUUAAAAAUUGAAUCUCCAUUAUUAGAACAUCAAAUCUUAAUAUAAUAAAUUAGAAAAUGAAUCAAAAGCAUAUUAGACAGUAUUUGAAGCUAACAAACAACAUCUUGAUCGAUUAAUUAAAGAAAAUGAAAUUCACACUAACUUAAUGAAUAGAUACAGAGAAAUAGCCUGUAUGUAAAGAGAAGAUUUCGAAGUUAGACUUAUGUAUUAUAAAGAAGAAUUAAAUGUGGCAUCUAAAGCUAAAGAUAAAUUAAUGCAGUUGCAAUCUAAAUUGGAUCGUUUUCAAAUUGAAAAAUCUAAAGACAUAGAACCACUUCCGAAUAACAAUUAUGAAAAAGAAAAAACAGGUUUAGAAAAAUUCAAUGAUUUAUUUAGUAAUGAUAAGACAUAUUAACGUUUGACUUAUUAAGCUUUACAAGAAGAGAAAGGAAGGAUUGUAACAAGAGUAGGACAUUCAAUAGUAACAAUGGAAUAACAUUUUAAUGCAUAGGAAAUUUAAUUAGAAAAGUUUACAAUAGGAUAUUGUCCAUUUAUAAACUUAGUUGAACAUCAUAAAAAGACAUUAGAACAAGAAUUCAGUGGAUUAUAAUAUAAAAGACCUAAUCUACAAUUAUUAGUUACAUUAAGAGUAAUUUUGGAUAGCAAAUGGAAUGAAAUGUAAUUGAAAGGAGAGAAAUUAUGGAGUCAUUUAGCUGAAUUCACUUAUUCUCAUUUAAUGAAUUUUAAAGUUGAUAUGUAAAGUAAAUCAAUAAAAAAGAUUGAUUAAGAUGUUCAUCGUAUAGAUGAUUAGAUAAUAAAGUUUAUAGUUGAUUUCAGUAAUCCUGUAUUUGAGAAGAAUUGGGAAUGCAUAACAUUUUAAGAAUUUUUAAAUGAUUUUACAAGUUAAGAUGAGAUGUAUUUUUAUUUAUAUGCUCGUAAUCUGUUAUUUAGAGGGCCAGAAUGUUCACAUAGUACAGCAUUUUAUGAACCACAUCAUUACAUUCCAUUACUAUAGGCAGAAUUUGUUGCUACUCAUCUUCUCUCUUAAUAUGAAACUGCUACUCUAUAAUAAGUUAAAAAAGUAUUUAGAGAAAAAGCAGUUAAUAAAACCAUCACAAAGAAUCUCUUUAUUGUUGAUGCUUCCUUUGUUCUAAGAAUAUUACUAGAGUUUUAUAGAGUAGAACGUAGAAAUAGAUAUAAAAUGUUUAAAAUAGCAUUUGGUAGUCGUGCUACAAAUAUCAGUUUCAAAUAAUUUAGAGUAGUUCUCAUUAGUAAUUAUCCUUACAUUACUGACCUUGAAUUAGCAACACUAUACAGAGAAGCUUAUUCAUUUACGGGUACUGGAGUUUCAAUUGAUUCCUUUUAUACUAUAGCAUCUGAUACUGCAUUUUUUGUUAAACAUCUAAAAUUAUAAAAUCUUACUACUUAACCUAAAAUUCUUAAUAAAGAAUUCCUUUUUGAACCUGAUACAUAACCCUUCCUUAUUGUCAAUGAAGCCUACAAGAGAGUAAAUUAUACACUUAUUUUAGUUUUAAGCUUAUUAGAAUAAAUUUGAAUAACUCUUAAUUGAUUUUGGUUUGGAAGAGCUUUUCGCAUAAUUUAAAGAAUUAGACAAUCUGAUUUAAUAUCAAUUUGCACCUCUCUAAUAUAAUCAAAAAUCUCUAUCUUAAAUUAUUGAACAUUAUAUGAGUCUAUUUAGAAACAUUAAUAACAUCAUUUGCAAUAGGCUCUACCUUUAAGAUUAGUAAAUCUUAUUUAAUUAUACCAUAGAAUUCAAUAAGGAUAAGAGUUUCUAUCUAAACAUGAAGAAAAAAUGAAACUCAAUAAAGAACAGAAUAAAGAUGCUUAAUUUUAUUCAGGUGAUAAUUUUAAUAAACAAUAUUUGAGAAGAGAUGACUUCAUUCCAGAUAUUGAAAUUCUUAAAGGAUAAAUGGAUUGUUUAGAACAUUUAGGCUCCUAUUUAGAAUCUUAUGAAUUACUCAAAAAAAGAAAAGACUAUUGUAUGAUAAUUUAAGCAAAAAAAAUACAGAAAUUCGUUAAGAAAAAAAUGAAUAAAUUCUACAGUUUUGUAAGUUCUUUACUUAGCGCUAAAUUUAAAGCUUCACUUAAGUAAGGUAAAUGA